AGCUUCUCCCGGAGCUGAUCACUGCAUAAGGGGUUUCCAUGAUGGUUAAUCAAUUUCCACUCACCGUCUUUACGCUUAGCCACCAUCUACUAUCAGUAUACCCGCCCACUCAAUCUUUUCCCCAUAACUUUUUUUUAUCAGUCUUUCAUAGAUGUCUAGCUCAGAUGCUCCGACACAAGCGAGUGCUAGCGCACUCCCUGAGGGAAUAACAGAUCCCAACUACAAGCCCCUGCCUGGCCGCCUCGGAAAUUUGACGGUCCCUCAACAACAUGCGCUUGAAAAGUUCAAGAAGGAAUUGCAGGACGAGGGUGUUUUUGUAGAGGAAAGGAUGGAUGACGCUACCCUUCUACGCUUCCUUCGUGCACGAAAAUUUGAUGUCGCUCUAGCCAAAAAGAUGCUUGUGGAAUGCGAACAGUGGAGGAAAGAUUUUAAUGUUGAGGAUAUCGUCAAAAACUUUGACUUCCAUGAGAAAGAAGAGGUGGAUAAAUAUUACCCGCAGUUCUAUCAUAAAAUGGACAAGGAUGGACGUCCUGUAUAUAUUGAACAGCUGGGCAAGCUCGAUUUCAAAGCGCUUUAUGCAUGUACAACGCAGGAUCGUCUUCUCAAGCGGCUCGUGUAUGAAUACGAAAAGUUCAUCACAUCACGUCUCCCUGCAUGCUCUGCCGCUGUCGGACAUCCCGUCGAGACAUCUUGCACAAUCCUUGAUCUCAAGGACGUCUCACUGACAAACUUUUACCGUGUCAAAGACUAUGUCAUGGCUGCAUCCAGUAUCGGUCAAGACAGAUAUCCUGAAUGCAUGGGCAAGUUCUACAUCAUCAAUGCUCCGUGGCUGUUCAAUGGCGUCUGGGCAAUAAUCAGGCCGUGGUUGGACGAGGUGACGGUGUCCAAGAUUGAUAUCAUUGGGAGCGGUUACAAGGACAAACUCUUGGCCCAGAUUCCCAAGGAGAACUUACCUAAAGAAUUUGGUGGGACUUGUCGGUGCGAGAAAGGCUGCUCGUUGAGUGAUGCAGGGCCUUGGAACGAGGAAAAGUGGCAGAAACUUGAGGCGGAGAUGAGUAAAGGGACGGCGAAUGGUAAUAUUGCACCUGCAUAGUAUUCUUUAAUGCGAUUGCAUACAGGAUAGAAUCGUAGUACGUUUUAAUACCAGUAUCGUAAUUAAUGAGCGCAGUUCUUGAAGACGUUCUUCUGCUGAGCGCUGUUGAUCUUGGGGCUUAGAUUGGAAGGAUCUCCUUCAAGGCAAUUGCUGUCCCUUUAUGAGGGACACCUCCAUAGGUUUAAUCGCUGAUCAUUCCUCCUAGAGGGCUCACCAAGUCCGCGAUGAGCAUACAAC